AUGGGCUGGUUCAGUGAUGAUUCCGACCAGGCCCAGGCCUACAACAGCUACAACGACCAGACAGAGCACGAUCCUUCCAUAAUCCAUGAGCUGAUCGCCGGUGCUGCUAGCUACGAGGCAGCCAAGGCCUAUGAGAACCACGUCGCUGAGAACGGCGAACCUGACAGCCACGCAAAGGCCAAGGAAAUCCUUGCUGGAUUUGCUGGUGCCUUUGUCGACCGUGAGGUUGAGACCAAGGGAUUGGACUUCCUUGAUGCGGAGCAGGCCAAGUACCAGGCCAGCCAGCAGGUCCAUGAUGCGUAUGAUUCCAAUGGAAAUCAGUUUUAG